UUUUACCUAGGCUGAUGAAAACCUUUCUGCCAGAAUUGGAUUAGUGCUGUUGGUGGAUUUUUUGUAAGAAUUGCAAUUACAUUAUACCAUUACCUUAACUGAAGCAUCAAGCUCAAAGGUGAUGACUUUAACCUUGCGUCUCUGGGCUUUUCUGUGUUGUGUUAGAUGUUGGUUAAGGUUAUGAUUUUUUCCUGAAGAUUAAAGAAAUGCUGUGAUCCAAAAGCUUUUAAGCGUUUAUUUAACUUCAGAAAGACCUUAAAGUUAAGAACAUAUAAAAGAGUUUACGAGUUUGGGUUCUAGGAUGGAAGGAUCUGAUGGUUUCCUAUUGAUUUUUCUUAACUACACUGUUAAAUUAAUGCUCCUCCACCCUUCAAAUUUCUCUUCAUAAUCAGAUCGUGUUGGUUACUGAAACCCUUGAUUUCCUCACUUGUUCUAAGACUUUGAAGUCCAAUGACUCUUACAGACACCUGCUAUCAAUUCAACUAUAUUUGGUCUUUAAUAACCAUGCUAAAAGCAGAAAAUGCCAGAAGCAGAGAAAUUACAUGUAUUAAUCCUAGCUUUACAGGAAAAUAGUGUGCAAUUCAAAAUGGCAGAUGCUACUGAAAGCUCAAACUAACCAAGGCUGGCCAUUGUUGCUCUCCAGCACAGAGGGAAAUGUUGUUAUUUCCAGUUUCCUUAUUCACAGGUUUCCUUUCAUUGUAUUGCCCUUUUCCGUUUGUGGGAGAAGAGCCAUGAAGAACCGUUCCUCAUCUCCCCCUUUGCACGUCCAUGUGGAUGAAAACACCCCUGUCCAUGUCCAUAUUAAAAAGGGUCAGAAAACCACACCUGCAAAGUGCCAGCAAAAGCACAAACAGAAAAUGAAAGGGGAUACCAUGAACAUAUGUCGAACUGUCCGGGUGAAAACUAAGGCCCCCUGGAUACCCCCAGGCAAAACAUCUGUCCGGGAGUCCACCUGCAAAUGGGAGGGACCAACUCACCGCCUAGAAAUUACACCUCCAGAUUCUGAAAAAAUGCUGUCGGUAUUGCGCCUGAGUGACCUCUCUACAGAUGAGGAGGAUGCUGUUUACUGCAAAAUGAACGAAUAUGAAAAGAAGAUAGAUAGCCUGAUGAAUGUGGUGGGAACACUGAAGAAUGAGGCCAAGCUGCAGAAAAAGGAGGAACAGCAGCAAAUGACAAAGCGUCUCCUUGAGGAGCAGAAAGAAGAACUGAAUGAGGUCACACAGGAGCUGGUAGAAACAGAACAUGAGAAUACACUGCUCAGACGCAAUAUUGAGCGCAUAAAAGAAGAGAAAGAGCUGACUGUGCUACAGAAAAAGUACUUGCAGCAUGAGAAGGAGUGUUUGAUGUCCAAGCUGAGCGAGGCAGAAAGGGAUGGAGCAGCAGCAGCCAGGCAGAUCCAUGCCCUGAAAAAUACAAUUGGGAGACUGAACAUUGAGAAACACAUGAGCAGCUCAGACAUUAACACACUGACAAGACAAAAAGAGCUUCUGCUCCAGAAAUUGAGCACAUUUGAAGAAACCAACCGGACACUACGAGAACUUCUCAGAGAACAGCAUAACCGGGAGAAGGAUGCUCAGAAGAUACUGGAGCGGCAAGGAGCACUGCUGAAAAGGCUGGCUGACUCGGAUGCAGAGAAAGUGCAACUUCAGAUGAGGCUUCAGGAGAAAGAAGAGGAAGUGGACAAUCUUACUGUUCAGAUACAGGCAGAAAAGGACCAGGCAAAGACAGCAUGUGAACUCUCCAAAUCCAUGGAGGCUGUGAGAGGCCAUUUACAAGCACAGUUGCGAAAUAAAGAAGCUGAGAACAACCGUCUGAGUAUACAGAUACGGAAUCUGGAGCGCAGUGAAGCUCAGCAUAAGGCAGAGGUGGAACGUAUCAUGGAACAACUGAAAGAACUAAGGCAGAAGGCAGACCGUGAUAAAGAGGCCCUGAAGAAAGCCAUCCGUGCACAGAAAGAGCGGGCAGAGCGGAGUGAAGAGUAUGCAGAGCAAUUGACUGUCCAGCUAGCAGAAAAGGACAGUUAUGUUGCUGAGGCACUGUCUACUCUGGAGUCCUGGAGGAGUCGCUACAACAAAGUAGUAAAGGACAAGAGUGACCUUGAACUGGAAAUUGUCACGCUGAACAGCCGUGUUGCAGGCUUGCUGGAACAGCAGACAACGCUGGAGGACAAGAUGCGGGAGGACAGAGAAGCUCUGGUAGAUAAAUUGCAUCAACAGACUACAGAGAUAACUUCUUUCAAAAUGGAGAAUGAAAGGCUAAAGGCUAGUGUGGUCCCAGUGGAGGAAAAGCUGAACCAAGCGCAGAUGGAAGUGCAGCAGCUCAAGAGCUCUGUCAGGAACUAUGAAGGGUUGAUUGAAACCUACAAGUCACAGGUGCUGAAGAGCCAAAUGGAAGCAGAUGAUGUGGCAGCAAAACUGGAGAAGUGUGAUAGAGAGAACAAGGCAUUAAAGGAUGAAAUGAACAAGGAGAUUGAACUGGCACGUAAGCAGUUCCAGAGCCAGCUUGCUGAACUGGAAAAGCUGCCUGAGAUCUUAAAGAUCACAGAGACACAGCUAGCAGAAUGUCAGGACCAGCUUCAGAGUUAUGAGAAGAAGAACGUGGACCUGUCUGUCAUGAUUGCAGACCUUCGUCAGCGGAUUGAGCUCCAGGGGGACAAAAUGGAGAUGACAAGAGAGAGGUAUCAGUCUGCCCAGGAGGAGAAAAAGCAGCUCACCUUGAAGGUGGAGGAGCUAGAAAGGUUAGAAAUACUAGGCUCUCUUGCUCUCUUAACCUUCCAUUUCCAUCCUCUUCCCAUUGUUUCUUUCAGGGGAUUGAAACAGCUUCAGUCUUGUUCCCGUUCCCCAUGUGCCUCCAGGAUUCUAAAACUAGAGACAACGAGCGCCCAGAACAUAGAAUUCCUUCAGGUCAUAGCAAAACGUGAGGAGUCAAUCCACCAGUGUCAGCUGCGGUUAGAGGAGAAGACCCGUGAAUGUAGCUCCUUGGCACGUCAGUUAGAGAUGGCCAUUGAGGAUGCCAAAAGACAAGUGGAACAAACUCGAGAACGAGCAACGUCUAGAGAGAGGGCAGCCCAGUCGAAGAUGUUGGAUCUGGAGACCCAGCUGAGUAGGAAUAAAACAGAGCUGAACCAGUUGCGUCGGAGCAAAGAUGAUGCAGAGCGCCGGUAUGAAAGCCGCCUACAGGAUCUAAAGGAUCGGUUGGAGCAGUCGGAAAGCACCAACCGCAGCAUGCAAAACUAUGUCCAGUUCCUCAAGUCUUCUUAUGCCAACGUUUUUGGAGAAAGUGCCUUGCUGGGCUCCCCCAGCCGCUCUCGUUCUUCUCCAUGAGGACAGUGCUCUACCUGCACCUCUGCUUCUAAGCACAAAAGGAGCCCUAUUUCAAAGCCAUACGUUACUUAGAAAAUAGGAUGGCAUUUCAGGGCUGCUAUUGGGAGACGUUUUCCUCUUCCUUGCAGCAUGAGAUGAUAAAAUGAUGGUGGCAUAUGUUUUAGGUGUAGGGUAUCAGCAAUGCCAGUUUGGUGUUGGAGGUUGGUGUUACACCGUAAACUGUGCCCCAAAGCCAGAUGGUUUUGUGUAUGAUGGAAAAGGUCCUUUUCAUCCUGUAAGGUCCUGAUGGUUUCAGCUCUUAAAAGCUGUCAGUGGUUUGUUGAGCAUGUUAAUGUUUAUAAGAGCUCUUUUCUUUUUCAAGUUUCUGUUUUCAUUCUGUUUCUUUGUUGGAGAGAUCAUGUGGAAUUUUUUUGUUUGUGGGUUUUUAAUUUUUUUCUUAAAAUUACUGAACAUUGUAUUGAUAAUUGGGUGAUAGAUGGUGGGAGAGGGUCCACCCACCAGCAGCAUGAAGCUGAAUAUAACUUAAGUGCCUGGGCUCUACACUUACCAAGACAUUAUCUCCUGCAUAACCACAGUGUUUGUAAACAGUUUUAUACCAGAAAUAAUGAUUUGGGGUUGGUUUUUGGUUUGGUUUUUUUUUUCUUGAUUCUUACAUACUCUCUGAUCCUCACUUAUUUUUUUUUUUUCUGAGUGUAAUGCUAAUGUUGCUUUACUCCUCUCACCCUGAUUUCCUGGUCCUGAAUAUCCCCAGGACUGAGCCAAAACCAUCUGAAUUCAAAGGAAAGAUUGCAGUUUAACCUCAGUGGCGCUUCAGUCGGGGUCUUGGUGUGAAUGCCACACGAGUUCAGGGUCUGAAUGAAAUAUAGACUUGGUCUUAAGCCAAUUAAAGAGCAGCUAUGGGUGCACAACUUCAUUGCCCCAGCCCCCGUGUUCUCCUGGAGAAUCAGGUCUUAAUGUGUUGAGUCCCUCUAGUGCCCUAUUCUUUCCAGUAAAUGGUUUUUAUGGGGGCAAAAAUAAAGAUUGUUUUUAUUUUUUAUCUCUUUUGUAUCCUAUUUAUGUGUGAUGUGGUCAUGGGGCAGUAUUUGUCAUCAAGGUUUUUUGAGAGUUCUGUAAUUGUGUGUGUGUAUUUAACACUUUAAAUAAA